AUGGAGUCGACAGAAUUGUCAUCAUCAAUGGAGUCAUCAGCAUCAUCAUCAUCAAUGGAGUCACCAGCAUCAUCAUCGUCACUAUGGCAAUGGGGUUCACCAUCAACAUAUAUGUUUGGUGGCAUAGGUGCAAUGCUGCUUCUCAUAGCGUUAGCUCUGUUAAUGUUGACAUGUUCUUAUCUAAGGCACAGAUAUGAGGACACUAGUGACCGAAAAGCUGUUAAGCAUGUGUGCAAAGACAGUGAUGAAGCCAACGCCAGCCCCAAGAUUGUCGUUAUAAUGGCUGGAGAAGAAAUUCCGACGUACUUAGCUGCACCUGCUCAUGUCACCAGUAGCAGAAACCGCCAAAUUCCCAACCAGGCACUCUAA